AUGUCCCGCUGGGUCGCCCGCUCCAUCCACCUCCGCCUCCUCCCCAUCCUCUCCCACGCCGUCGACGCCCGCUCCCCCGUCGACCUCCAGGACUUCUCCAUCUCCAUCUCCAUCUCCAUUUCCACACCCCCAAAAGCUUCGAUCGCCAUGAGUCCCGUGGUGACUAAGUCCUCUCCAACCCUCGUACCCCCCGCGUCGCCGACCCCGACCUCGACGCUCCUCCUCCCCCUCUCCUCCAUCUAUCGCGCCGCCAACGCGCGCGUCUCCGUCGAAUUCAUCCAGGUCUUCUCCGCGGCGGCAGCGGCGGCACCGUCGCCGCCAUCAGAGAGGGUCGCCGCCAUUAGAGAGGGCUUCGCCCGCGCCCUCGUCCCCUACUUCCCCGUCGCCGGGAGGAUCAUCGAGAGCGUCCCCGGCGAGCCCAUGGUCGAGUGCUCCGGCGACGGGAUCUGGUUCGUGGAGGCGGAGGUCGAUUGCGCCCUGGACGACGUGAACCAGCACGCGCGGAGCGGGCGCUGCUCCCGGCUAGAGGCCCUCGGCCGGGCUGCGGCGAUCCGCCGACAUCCCGCGGAAGCUCUACCCGGCGAGUCCCGCGACACUCGGUAA